GUAAAGUAAAGUAAAGUAAACCCAUUUUAAUGACAGUGAAAACAGUUUACACCGUCUGUGCAGUUGUGUUUUUUUUUUAUUUUACACAGAUAGAUAGAUAGAGAUAGGGAGGAAAAGCUUAUCAUUGAUUGAUUCCUAUCGUCGCGGGGGUGAAUGAAUGAAUGAAUUGAAUUAUAGAGAAAGGUGGUUGAUAUCACUUGUGAUUGAUGAUGUGGACUACAAGCAGUAGCAUGAGCAUGAGCAUGAACAUGAGCAUGAGCAUGAGCAGCAUAAAUUCAAUCAGAAGCAACAACGGUUGUUUGUUUCCGUUUCGAGUAAAUUGCUCCUCCGAUGAUAAUAAUUCAGACCCAAAUCGUGGUGGUGGUGGCUUCCGAGGAGAUAAUAACAAGGCCAACAAAGCAGCUGCUAACAAGGGUGGUGGUGGUGGUGGUUCACUGUCGCAGCAGCAGCAGCAGCAAAACCAAAGGAGGAGAAGGAGUAGCAAAUCAACAUCUGUUGCACCAGACAUUGACUUUGAGGAACGCCUAAAGGCUGUUAGAAGGUCAGCACUAGAGCAAAAGAAGGCAGACCAGAAAAAACAAUUUGGACCAAUUGACUAUGAUGCACCUAUUUCUUCAGAUAACAAGACAAUUAGCUUUGGUACCAAGGUUGGAAUAGGUGUAGCUGUUGCACUCUUUGGUCUGGUUUUUGCUUUAGGAGAUUUUCUUCCAUCAGGAAGCCCCAACGAAGACAGUGCUGUUGUCAAUGAUAAAUUGUCAGAGAAGGAUAAAGCUACUCUUCAGAAUAGGCUUAAGGAAUUUGAAGCGACAUUAAGUAACUCCCCAAGAGAUCCAACUGCUCUUGAAGGAGCUGCAGUAACUUUGGCAGAACUAGGGGAAUAUGCAAGAGCUGCUUCUCUACUUGAUGAUUUGACAAAGGAAAAACCAAAUGAUGCUGAGGCUUUUCGUUUGCUUGGAGAAGUUAAGUAUGAACUCAAAGAUUAUGAAGGGAGUGUUGCUGCGUAUAAAGAUUCAGCAAAGGUAUCUGAAGAUAUCAAAUUUGAUGUUCUGCGUGGCCUUACCAAUUCAUUACUUGCUGCCAAGAAGCCAGAUGAGGCUGUUCAAUUCCUUUUGGCCUGUCGUGAGCGUCUGAGUUCAAAAGACUUCAGCAAAAAAUCUGAGAGUAGCCCAACAGAUUCACAGAAGCUGGAUCCAAUUCAAGUUGAAUUGCUUCUAGGGAAAGCCUAUUCAGACUGGGGCCAUGUCGGUGAUGCUAUAGCUGUUUACGAUCAGCUCAUAUCUACUCACCCUGAUGACUUCCGUGGAUACUUAGCUAAGGGAAUCAUCCUAAAAGAAAACAAAAACAUUGGAGAUGCAGAGAGGAUGUUCAUACAAGCAAGGUUCUUUGCACCUGAUAAAGCUAAAGCACUUGUGGACCGUUAUUCAAGAUAGUAGCUUAUGUUGACAUUGAUUAUGAUAUUGCAGAUAGUAUAAAUCCAAUACCAUAUUGCAGAUUCACGGAAAGUAUAAAUCCAAUAUUUUCCCCCAUUGUUUCAUGUAGAAGCUAAGCUAUGGGCAUUAUUAGAUAGUGUUGCAAAGUUUUGUGCUUAGCUAUUCUUUAUGUAAUCAUGCCAACGAAAAUUGGUUUAAAGGUGUUAGGUAUGCUUUGUAUAUACUUCUUCACUUACAAAAAGUAUUUUGGUCCUUUAAGUUAAGUAUGACAUAUUUUGGUCCAAUUAUUCAA